UCUCAUUGUUUCACGGUGAAAUUUGACACAUUAUUGACAAGUAAUUUUUUUUGAACCUGUUUAGCUUUCAUUCCAUGUGUUUAGAGGUUUUACAACAGGGUUGAAUCAGAAACACCUUGACAGGUAACAGUUAAGACAUUAAUUCAGACUGGUUAAGAAUAGAACUCAGGUUUGGGAUGAUGUUAAAAUAUAUAUAUAUAUAUUAUGGUAAUAGCUUCGUGGAGUAAGCUGUUGCCUAUGGCUCUGAGGUUUGUGGGUUUGACCCCGGUGCUAAGCAGUAAGCUGUUGCCUAUGGCUCUGAGGUUUGUGGGUUUGACCCCGGUGCUAAGCAGUAAGCUGUUGCCUAUGGCUCUGAGGUUCGUGGGUUUGACCCCGGUGCUAAGCAGUAAGCUGUUGCCUAUGGCUCUGAGGUUCGUGGGUUUGACCCCGGUGCUAAGCAGUAAGCUGUUGCCUAUGGCUCUGAGGUUCGUGGGUUUGACCCCGGUGCUAAGCAGUAAGCUGUUGCCUAUGGCUCUGAGGUUCGUGGGUUUGACCCCGGUGCUAAGCAGUAAGCUGUUGCCUAUGGCUCUGAGGUUUGUGGGUUUGACCCCAGUGCUAAGCAGUAAGCUGUUGCCUAUGGCUCUGAGGUUCGUGGGUUUGACCCCGGUGCUAAGCAGUAAGCUGUUGCCUAUGGCUCUGAGGUUCGUGGGUUUGACCCCGGUGCUAAGCAGUAAGCUGUUGCCUAUGGCUCUGAGGUUCGUGGGUUUGACCCCAGUGCUAAGCAGUAAGCUGUUGCCUAUGGCUCUGAGGUUUGUGGGUUUGACCCCAGUGCUAAGCAGUAAGCUGUUGCCUAUGGCUCUGAGGUUCGUUGGUUUGACCCCGGUGCUAAGCAGUAAGCUGUUGCCUAUGGCUCUGAGGUUCGUGGGUUUGACCCCAGUGUUCUUUCUUCGGGUGAUCUUUGGGUGAGUGCAAAAUAGAUCUGUCUUUAAUGUUUGGGAACAUGGACAAACAUCUAAUAUUGAAGUCCAAAUUUAGUGAUCUCCCUGGUGUGUGUUUGGGUGUUAACUCUGUCUCGGUGUGUGUGUUUGGGUGUUAACUCUGUCUCGGUGUGUGUGUUUGGGUGUUAACUCUGUCUCGGUGUGUGUGUUUGGGUGUUAACUCUGUCUCGGUGUGUGUGUUUGGGUGUUAACUCUGUCUCGGUGUGUGUGUUUGGGUGUUAACUGUCCCUGGUGUGUGUUUGGGUGUUAACUCUGUCUCGGUGUGUGUGUUUGGGUGUUAACUCUGUCUCGGUGUGUGUGUUUGGGUGUUAACUCUGUCUCGGUGUGUGUGUUUGGGUGUUAACUCUGUCUCUGUGUGUGUGUUUGGGUGUUAACUCUGUCUCGGUGUGUGUGUUUGGGUGUUAACUCUGUCUCGGUGUGUGUGUUUGGGUGUUAACUCUGUCUCGGUGUGUGUGUUUGGGUGUUAACUGUCCCUGGUGUGUGUUUGGGUGUUAACUCUGUCUCGGUGUGUGUGUUUGGGUGUUAACUCUGUCUCGGUGUGUGUGUUUGGGUGUUAACUCUGUCUCGGUGUGUGUGUUUGGGUGUUAACUCUGUCUCGGUGUGUGUGUUUGGGUGUUAACUCUGUCUCGGUGUGUGUGUUUGGGUGUUAACUCUGUCUCGGUGUGUGUGUUUGGGUGUUAACUCUGUCUCGGUGUGUGUGUUUGGGUGUUAACUCUGUCUCGGUGUGUGUGUGUGUGUGCAGGGUGU